AUGGCUGCAACCGAUGCAGAAGUUGCUAAGGGACACUAUGGCACACUGCCUCUUCAGAUAGGCUUUGAGAGUGGCAAACUGAGCAAGUUUGCAGACACCAAGCUGUUUGGUGUGGUUGACACCCUGGAGGGAAGGGAUGCCAUCCAGAGGGCCCUUGACAGGUUUGAGGAACGAGUCUAUGAGAACCUUGUGAAGUCCAACAAGGUCAAGUGCAAGGUGUUACACCUGGGUGGGAGCAAUCCCAAGCACAUGUACAGGCUGGGCAGAGAAUGGAUUGGGAGCAGCCCUGAGGAGAACAACUUGGGGCUGCUAGUGAAUGAGAGGCUGGACAUGACCCAUUGCUAUCAGUCAGAAACUGUGGUAGCAUGUCACAGGGAUGAGCUACCUUUAUCCUCUUUCUUUAUUUGUUUUCUACCACAUUUGACUAAGCUCAAGAAGUUUCCCAUUUUUAAUUUUGAUGAUGAUUUCAAGUACCUGUUUAUCAGUGUUGUGAGUCCCAACACCACCCUCCAUAGUCACAAUGUGUGGAGAUACUGGUGCAUGACUCACAAAUUACACAUUGGCUGGCUAAAGCAGCCUGACUGGCAGCCUGACUACAACACUGACAUCUCAUGGCUAAAAGAAGCUGCUACUACUUCUCCAUUUUCUCCUCCUCUUACUCCUCCUUCACCUACUUCUUCAUCUGAAAAGUAUCCAUUUCCCUAUAUCCCAGCAGUGAACCUCAAUGAACUCCUGGAGAAUUUUUAUAUUACCAUGAAGAAAAUAGAUGGCUCUGACUUUCUAGCCACAUCCUACAACACUAUCCAACGAGGCUUGGACUGGAUCCUCAAGAAUUCUGGGGCUGCUUUCUCCAUCACCAGCAGCACCUUCAGUUCUUCCACCAGAAAGCUUGAGGAGAAGUUUAAGGUCCUGAGCAAGGCUCACAUGUCUAGUGCCUGCUCUCACAACAUUGUCUACUUCUUCCUUGCUGCUGAGGAAGAGAUUUGGAGGAUGGGAUGUCUGGGAGAUGAGAGCUGUGUAGUUCUGCUCUCCAUGGUGAUGAAAUACAACAGCAGGUAUCUGAACAUGCAAACCUUGCAGGAGCACACACACUUGAAGUUUGAUGACACUGAAUUGCUUAAAGACUCCCAGAGCAGGUCUUUUUUAUUUUAUUUUGCCAGAACAGAUAGAAGGAAGCAGCAAAACAGGCUGAACACAAAUAGAAUGUGUUACAGCCAGAUCUACCACGAGCACUCAAAAGGGCACAACCUCUGCCCAUACUGCCCUCUCUACAAGUACAUGUACAUACAGCAGCCCCUAACAUAGAUGGAGGCCAAGUCUCCCACUUACCUGGUGGCUCAGAAGGAGGUCAGUGGCAUCUGGUAGAAUGAGCCAAGAAUGGGAAUCUGCUCCCUUAGGGGUGUCAUCCCCAGGCUGGCGAAGAAAGUGAAGCUGGAGGACUCUGAAAAUUCUACUUUUGGCUCUUUCACUCAGGCUUCCAGGAAUUUUGUCCCUCUUGGCAUGUAA